UCUGUGGAAGCUGGUCAGGAACUGGCCAGCAGGAGCGACGCUUUGGAAGGAAUUCCCAAAACUUUUCCCGAAGUGUUUACCUCUUUAUAACACAUCGCUUCCAGUUCGCCCGAUGUCAAAACUACGUGUCAUCAAAGUGACGCUCGGCGAUGAAGUAGAUGUCACACCGAGCGCCUGAAGAAAGGAAACAUGACAGGGGGGGCAAAACUUGUGGAAUGAUGCCUGAGCGACUGCACGCCUCCCUGCAAAGUUCUGCUAAGGUGUUCUAUUACUCUGCAGUUUCAUCCGCUGCAACACAGAUCUCCUGCCAUCACCCAAAAUCUCGGGGAAGAAUCCCACAAUGAAAGUGACAGUGACAUUUGGGCAGACGGGUGUGGUGGUUCCUUGUAAAGAUGGAUGGACCGUGAGGGACCUCAUCCAACAAGCCACCCAACGAUACAGAAAACUGCUGGAACAGGAAGGGGAAUUUGUUGUUCGGACACAUCAUGUCGAAUACUGCGAUGGAGGGAUUCUGGACCCUGAUGAUAUUCUUAGUGAUCUUGUAGAGGACAAGGACAAGCUGAUGGCUGUGUAUGAGGAACAGGAAGCCCAGGAGAGGGAUGCCGCCAACCCAAGCCCCGCCCCCAGCCAUGAUCGCUACCAGGCUGAGUUGUCUGUCUUCCAGCCAAUCACGGGAGGAGAGAUAGAAGUUAAUUCAUCGGCUCUCAAGUCAAACACCCCCCUGCUGGUUAGAAGCAGCAGUGAUUCAGCUCUCGGCGCUCAGUCAACAGAGCUCGAAUCCUCCCGCCACGAAGAGGCUUCCGUGAUGGCAGCAAGUCCAGCUGUUGCGAGACCCCAAGUCAAAUAUGCUUUCAGUGACAGCCUAACCCGCACAGUGGAGAUCCUGGGAGGGGACAGUCCUUUGGGAAUCCACGUGGUUCCUUACUGCUCAUCUCUCAGUGGACGGUCUCUCGGUUUGUAUAUCCGUGGAGUGGAGGAAGAAAGUCGAUCCAGUAAGGAAGGUUUGUUCCAGGAAGAUGAGUGCAUCGUCAAGAUAAACAACACCGACCUCAUGGACAAGACUUUUAGCCAAGCCCAAGAAAUUUUCCGUCAAGCCAUGCACUCCCCGGUGGUCUCUUUGGAAGUACUUUCCUCAUCCAACAGAGAGCGCUUUGAGAAGAGUCUGAUAGGUCAACUGUUUAGCAGCAAUGCCGGUCCUGACAGCAGUCCCCGAGUUCCCAAAACCAAAGAGCCGCCUCCGCCUGUCAAAGCCAAACCCGUGUUCAGGCCUCCUGAGAGCGCCAUCGUGAGAGUGGCAGAAGAUGCUGGCUCUCUGGAAGCCGCUAGAUCCCAAGGUGGAAGCGAGAGCUCUCUUUCUGAUAAAAGCCCUGCCCUGUCCAGUCUGAUGGCCAGUAAGAAAGCAGGACGGAGAUUAAGAAUUGACCUUAAGAAAGGUUCGGAGGGUCUUGGAUUUACAGUGGUAACCAGAGAUUCGUCAGUUCACGGGCCCGGUCCUAUUCUUGUCAAAAACAUUCUGCCACGUGGGGCGGCUGUCAAAGAUGGACGCUUGCAAUCAGGGGACCGCAUAUUAGAGGUGAACGGCGUGGACAUAACAGGUGUCGGUCAGGAGGAACUGGUGUGCAUGCUGCGUAGCACGCGGCACGGAGAGAGUGUGUGUCUUGUGGUUCUACGACAAGAGAACAUGUGUCUGCCCCGCGAGAUGAAAGAUGAGGGCCCUCGCGACCAUGGCUUAAUUUUGGAGAAUGGGAAGGAGCAGCUCAUGUUCGAGGUGCCCCUCAAUGACUCUGGCUCCGCAGGUUUGGGUGUCAGCCUCAAAGGAAAUAAGUCGAGGGAGACAGGAGAGGACUUGGGAAUUUUCAUCAAAUCUGUCAUACAUGGAGGAGCUGCUUACAAGGAUGGACGUCUGCACAUCAAUGAUCAGCUGGUCGCCGUGAACGGAGAAUCUCUGCUCGGACGCUCCAAUCAUGUGGCCAUGGAGACACUUCGCCGCUCUAUGUCGCAUGAGGGAAAUGUCAGAGGGACCAUUCAGCUUGUGGUGAUGAGAGCACUGAAGGAUCAACAUGGUCUGUCAUCCAGUCGCUCACUUGACAACUCCCCGAUCCCGUCUCGGUUGAUGAAUCAAACCAACAGUCCCACAGGAUUGGUUUACCCGACUAACUAUCACGUCAACAGCGCAUUCCACACAUCCGAUGGGUCAUAUGCAAGUUAUUCUCACAUUGAUGACGAGACAGAUCAGAAUGGACAUGGUACUGAGGCAAGAAGCUCUGCUCAACCGUUCUCUUACCUACACGAAAGGAAAAUGUCUCCGUCCCAGUAUGACGCCCAGCAGCAGUUCCAGCAUGUGAAGGCCUCCAAGAGCGUUGACUUGGGCACUGCUCCAAACCAGACACACACUGGUACAGAUGUGAGCCACGAAAGAUCCCAGGUUGAAAACACUGCAGCUCCGCAAACCCCCGCAGGACUCGGCCCGACUCUCGGCUUAAAAAAAUCCUGCUCGCUGGAGAGUUUACAGACGGCUAUGUCCGAAGUCAACCGAAAGAAUGAACUCCUACCUUUCCAUCGCCCUCGUCCAAAUAUGGCCCGAGGAAGAGGUUGCAACGAGAGCUUCAGGGCGGCUAUCGAUAAGUCCUACGACGGGCCACCAGAAGACGACGACGGUUCGUGGGGGAGCAGUAGUUAUUCCCAGCUGAUUUUGGGUGAGAGGCAGGAAUUUGAAGGAAGCGGGAGUCCGCGGAGAAAUCCCUCACAAGCGCGGAAAGAACACGCAAACGCCACACAGGAAAGCCGGAGCUCAGACCCCAACCCUAAGAACUAUGCAUCAGAGCAUAGUUCAGGACGGGAAACGCCGGCGAGUAGCUCUUCGCGCCAAGGCGUAGGGGAUCCAGUGGAGGAGAAAACAAAAGGGGACAAGAAAAAGAAAGUAAAAACCAAGAUGAAGGAUAAGAACAGAGGCAAAGGGAAAGAAAAAGAGAAGAAAAAAGCAGAGGAGUCUGAGGAAACUGAAAAGAAGUCCAAGAAAAUAGGCUUUGGCCUGUUGAGAUUUGGAAAGAAAAAAGAGGACAAGAAAGAGGCCAAGGCUGCUUUGCAGCGUCAGAAGACAGACACUCUGAAUGACCUGGACUUUGAAAGGAUGAAAGAUGAGCGUGAGAGAAUUGAGGCUGGACAUGAGCACCACUCCAAAGACCAACAAGUUGCAGGUGGCAGAUCCAUAUAUGAAAACGUGGAGGAUGAUGACACCGAUCCCAAUUAUGCCCGAAUACAAUCCUUUAAGGACCGUGCUGUGAUUUCACCGCCACUGCCACUGUUUCAGUCCUCUCCACAGAAUACAGUCCAACAAGGUCAUAUCAGGACCCCUCCUCCUUCUCCCCAAGGUCCAUCAACCGUUUCUGGUCAAGCCGAUCAGAGUUAUGACCCAGGAGCCAUACCCGAAGACCCGUUUGAUAGGCUUUAUGCAAAGGUCAACAAACCUAAAGGACCUGGGACUAACUCAACUCCCGUGUUUGCAUCUUCUUCCAAUGACAGCAAUAUGGACCGAAUCCAGCAGCUAAGAAAAGAAUACCAACAGGCAAAGAGAGAAGGGAUGGUGCCCUCGUAUGAAGAACUUGACCCUCGACGUCUAGGCCAUGAAAUGGACAGGGUCCCAGGCAGAGGGAAAGAUCAUCGAAUUGCGCCACAGUAUGAAGAGGUGGAGCGUCAGUAUGCCUCACUACCAAGACGAGGUCCAUUGGAUCCAGCUGAGUACACCGCGCAUCCUUGGUCAGGUCAUUACAUGGGCGUUCCCCAGGCUCCGCAAGGUUACCACAAAGCCCCGUCCUACCCUAACCCCAACAUGCAGUCCCCUCCAUCAUUCUCCAACUACCCCCCCAGCCAGCCUUACUCACGGUCGGGGGACCCUCGGGGAGUUGACUCUGGUUUUUACCCCCACCCAAGUGCCCUCAGUUCCCAGCAGAGAGGACCCUUGCGACAGGAUGUGCCCCCAUCGCCCACCCCGCCGCUUCGGGGACUGCGGUACGACACAAUGAACCGUGGAACUGCUGCAGGAGGAGGUUACAGACACCUUGCGGAUCCCAGUCCAGAACAGUAUGGCUACACUGGGGAAGGUGGACGACAACAACAUCAACACCAAACUAACCCGAGACAAAAGAAUGCCAUGACUGCAGCUGUCUAGAUUAGAUUCAAUUCCAGAGAGGAAAAUCAGAAAAUACAAAUAGUCUUUUAAUACAAUGCUGGAUUGGGCGCUUCAACGAGAAGCAGAAAUCAAAGCCCAUCGUGGCGGAAUUCACAUUUCUGUCACAAUCAAACGCAAUCUGCUGUUUGAAGCACGCCGCCAAGCGAGACAAAGGAGGUUAAUUGUAAGCCACAAAACACAAUAUCACGUUGUUUGAAGUCGUGUUAAUUGCCUCCCUUAACAAACCGCAUCCACUGACUCAACUGUCACUAUACAACCAACUCUGCUCUCACAGGAGGGAAAUAUCAGUCAGUCUGCUGGUUGGACCACCAUUUUUUUUUUUUUUUUUUAUGCAACAUCAGGAUCAGAAUUUAAUUGGGUCUACUUUCCGGCUAAAUAGUGGCACACUUACCAACAUUCUCAUCUGUAGUGAUGAAUACAUUUACCCGCAAUGCAAAGUCUGAAACUUUCUGCACUUACGAAUGAUGUCACUGACAUAACAUUUUACCACAUUCGAAUCAAAGUUUUAACCACUUUGUUUUAUGUGGAGAUGCGAUAAUUAUUAGUUCAGUUUAAUUUAGUUUAUCUUUGAUUGGUUUUUUUUGUACUUGUGAAUGUACGAAAACCUUGAGUCACUUACAGCUACGCGUAACACACAAACUGAUUGAGCGCCAAUAUUUCUUUUUGAAGACAAAAUAAUGACAAAAUAAGGAUGUACCACUGUUGCAAACAGGCCAAAACCACUGUUGUGUUCAAAGCAUACGAUUACGUGAGAUUAAAUAAAUGUGGCCGUUUCUUCGGCCAAUGUAAUGAAUGCGCAAACCAAAGCGAGAUUUUCAGAAGCAUUUACCCGAGUGUGGUGAUUGUAGUGCCUAAACAACACAGUAGAAAAAAAAGAAAAUCAGGGACGGGAGGGAACUGGAACUUUUUUUUUUCCUUCCUCCUAUCAGUCCACGUCCUCUUUAGCUUGGUGAUGUGUUCAAGUGCGCACAGGAACUGAGCUGGAGUGUCCACUUAGUGUUGGCACACCAUUUAACCACUUGCUAAAAAAAAAUCUUUUCACAGAUCUAAGCGUUCAAACCUGUGUUAAUAUCUUUUCUAGAUGAGCAGUAUUAAUGUCCGUGGGUAAUACAUGUGCAAAAAAAAAACCAUUUCAAAAUCAGCUACAUUGUUUUUGAUGAAACUCCACUGAAGCAUUUCAUUUCGGCAGCAAUGUCGUUUGUCAAUUUUGGGUACGAAUAAAUUAAAGGGCUAAAAAAUGAAAUUGUGUUCGAGCAGCCUAAACAUACAUAGGAUGAGAAAGAAUGUGGCUAAAAGAUGUACUCAGAAGGGUUUGCGUGAGAGUUUGGAAUAAAACAUGGAAAUGGAACUCUGCAGUGGGAGGAAUACAUUUUUAGUGCCAAGGUUAAUCAUAGUUCUCUUCUCGACAGGUAUUACUGAAAAAGCUAUUGCGGUAUGACUGUGAGCGUGGUGAAUGUACGAGUGUUAGAGAAAAUGAUCCGAUAGUGCAUUACAGAAGAGGAUCUCCACUUCGCUGAGAUGCCAAUGUGACAUGCAGUCACUUUACUAUCAUUACAGGUCUGCGUGUAGUCCAAAUGGUCACCGACCAAGUCUGUCAGAAAAUUUCCAGGACUGGUGUCAUAAAAGUUAGUGGUGCCUUGAGAUACUCCUCAUACUGUACGUCAAAUCAUCUUUCCCCUUUGAAAUGAAUAGAAAUUCCAUUAAUUCGUUCUAGCCGCCUCCCCAAAAGACACACAAAUUACGUUUGUUUUAAAUAAUUAAAAUCAGCCUCUAACAAAUUUGCCACGUUUCGUUUCAUUUCAAUGUACAUCGUGCUGCUCGUUUUUAGUAUCAUCAUCUUGGCCACCUGGGGACAGUACGUAGUAUGAUUUCUUUGCUACCCUUCAGAUUUGUUUGCAAGUUAAUGCAAUCAGUCAGAACAAUGGCUUGUAUCUCAGAAGUCAAGUCAUCGAUAUCCAAAGGCGCUCACUCAAUCGUUUGUAACACCAGUCCUGGAACUUUUCAUUCACAUCUUGUACUAUAUGUAAUGCGUCAUUUGUAUUUUUUUUAACACAUUUCAUGAAUGUUUGUGUUAGUAUGAAGUCUCAUAUUGUUUCACAAAUGCUUUAAGCACGUUUUACACGAGUGAACAAGCCGACCUUUUGUGAAAAGUGUGCACUUUCGCAUGGUUUAACAUUCUGUAUGCAUGCUCUGUACUUAUUUUUUUAAUAGUUAUAAUCUGAAGGUACAUACCAGGAGUCCUUUUUAAAAACUUCUGGUGCUCACCAAGACCAGUGUAUGAAGGAACAAAUUUAAUAAUAACAUUUUUAUAAAGUAUAUCGUUUGUAAAAUGAUGAACGCAAGUAUCAUGAUUGUCAUUGUCUGAAUUGUCCAAGCACAUUUUAUAUCCAUGUAUAUAACAUUUGUUUUGCAUUAAAAACAUUUAAACAACA